AUCAGUCGAAGGGGAGGUUAUGUCGCGACAAGUGAAUUGUAAUCCGUGAACUGUUUUGUUUUGAUUAAACAAAUCAAUGGUAGUAACAGAAAAUGGCUGAGGAAUUGUUGGUGGUUCUGAAUCGGAGUGAACACUCGGGCUUUGGAUUUUCAUUAUUAGGCGAACCAGGUUUGCCGCCGAUCAUUUACAAUAUUUUAGACGAUUCUCCAGCCGCUGAAAGCGGAGAGGUAGAAGUUGGAGAUGUAAUUUUAAAAGUGAACGAAACUGACGUCAUACGAUUCAGCACGAAAGAAGUCCUCAAAUGUCUCCGAUUAUCAGCUGACCCAGUUACAUUAAAAAUAAAAAGGGAUCCAAAAAUUAAGGCAACUGUACGUAAACAUCUGCUCUCGAAUACUGGCGAUUUAGAAAAAACUUCCAAGCUACCAGCAAUACACACGGCCAACAUAACCUCAAUUUCUAAUAACAAAUCAGAACCAGCUAUACAUAAGGCUCACAAUAAUGCGCUUGUCAACCGACUGGGCUCGACGAACGGUAGUUACUCAGAAAAAGAACCACUGCUUCCGAAUCAGAACCAGAACCAACAGCACCAUCAUCAUCACCACCAUCAACAGCAGCAGCAACAACCUGAGGAAAGCCGGCCGUUGCUGGAGGAGCACGAACGACUGCAAUGGCAACCAUUGGCCACUGCCAACAACGACCAAAACAACAAAUCCAAGGGCCAACCCAAAUUCGAGGCGUACAUGAUGACUGGCGAGCACAUAUUGAACAUUUCGAGGAUGCCACAAACGACGACGGCCAUCGUACCUAAGCAGCAGAAGAAGAUCGAAAAUCUGAGGUAUCACAACAGUCACGUACACCAUCUGAGGCAUCAGCAGCACAACUCGGUGCCGAACAGCCCGAACGAAUCGGAUCUUGGCCACAGGAGCGUCAACGCCGGCAAAUCAGGCCCCAAUUCGGCCACUACUUCCCCAAUCAGUGCCAACAAGAGGGAUCAGCACCAAGCGUCUCCGUCUGAUCCCUACAACUUCGUAAGGACGAGUCGAUCCGAGGACCAACUGCAAGGUCAAAACGACCUCUACAGCGUAAGCGUGGCUAAUUCGGAAGUCGACGAAGACGUGACGAGCUCCUUGAACACGCUGUUGGACACUAGACCGGACAGCGCCAAUUGCAACAGCGACAGCGAUCGCAUCGUGUGGACGUACAACGCGCCCAUUUGCGAUCAGCACAAGUUCGUGCACGCCAUGUCCAACGGCAGCAGCUCGUCACACAGCAACGUUUCGCCCACGUCGUCGAGCCCCCUUCAUUCUUCGGGCUCGCCCGCCUCGCCCACUUCAGUGUCUUCCUCUGUGAUGUCCAGCCAAUCAGGAUCAAAGCGAACGCCAUACAGCGUGUCGAACGGCCCCACGGGUUUGCCGCAUGGUGGCGGCGGCGAUUUUAGCGUUUCGGAAGCGGUCUCGAACAUCUCCAGUCCCGAUUACCACGAUGACGAUAUCGUCGGUUUGAGGGAUUGUGUGAUGGAGAUUAGUGACCACAGUGAUAGUGAUAGUACAUUGUUAGUGUCCGAACCGCGGCAGAGACACAUCAUGGUGCACAAUAGCUGCAGCAGCGGAGGCAAUUCGGACAGUAGUGAUCAUCGCAUUGUGAUACAAGUGAAGGGACCUGAUAAAGACAGGCAUAGACAGAGUGAUAGUUUGUCGACGUUGAAAGGGGACGGUGAUGGAUAUCAGAACGACACUCAGCAAGAGAUCGACCGCGAAGAAGGUUUCAGGGACUUUACGAACAAAUCGUCGCCGUUGUCUUCUGAAGACGAAAGCGACGUGGAAAGCCUUCACAGUUUUCAUUAUUCUCCGAAAGCCGUCGACAUGCCUUCCGCCAUUCGGUUGGCCAAACGGCUAUAUGGUCUCGACGGGUUCAAGAAGUCCGACGUCUCCAGGCAUCUUAGCAAAAAUAACGACUUCAGUAGAGCCGUAGCCGAAGAAUAUCUGAAAUAUUUCGAAUUCCACAAAGACACCCUAGAUAUAGCUUUAAGAAAGUUCCUCAAACAAUUCUCUCUCACCGGUGAGACUCAAGAGAGGGAGCGUGUACUCGUUCAUUUUUCCAAGAGAUAUUUAGACUGCAAUCCCGGUUCUUUCAAUUCUCAAGAUGCCGUUCAUACUUUAACCUGUGCCAUUAUGUUGCUCAAUACGGAUAUACAUGGCCAAAAUAUAGGAAGGAAAAUGACAUGUAACGAAUUUAUAGAAAAUUUAGCAGGUUUGAACGAAUGUGAAAACUUCCCAAGAGACGUUCUAAAGCAUUUGUAUCACGCCAUCAAGAAUUGUCCCCUAGAAUGGGCUUUAGAUGAAGACCUGGAAGAUAGGAACAACGUACAAUCUCAAUCUAGGAAUAACGAGAAUGCAAACUUGGGAUGCAAUCCAUUCUUGGACGUCCCUGUGGCGGCCAAUGCUGUCGAAUACAAGAAGGGUUACGUCAUGAGGAAGUGUUGCUACGAGGCAAACGCCAAAAGAACUCCGUUUCACAAGCGUAGCUGGAAGAUGUUUUACUGUACACUUCGCGAUCUGGUUUUGUAUCUACACAAGGACGAAAACGGCUUCAGAAAAAACCAAAUGGGCGACAAUUUACACAACGCCAUUCGUAUUCAUCACGCUCUGGCUACCAAGGCGUCGGAUUAUACCAAGAAGCAGUACGUCUUCAGAUUGCAAACGGCCGAUCAGGCGGAGUACUUGUUCCAAACCAGCGAUUCUAAGGAACUGCAAUCUUGGAUAGACACGAUUAAUUUCGUGUGCGCUAGUUUUUCAGCGCCGCCGCUCGAAGCGGCCGUCGGAUCGCAAAAGAAAUUCCAGAGGCCUCUGCUACCUUGUAGUCAUACCAAAUUGAAUUUGAGAGAGCAGUUAGCUGAUCAUGAGGAGAGAGUAAUGAGACUGGGAGCCAUGUUGGAUGAUCAUAGAAAGUGUCCACCUGAGAAAGGAUCAAAAUCGCAAGUAAUCCAAAACUACAAAGAAAAGGAAGCUUAUUUAACAUAUGAAUUGCAGAAGUACAAAACCUACAGCCUGAUGCUGCGUUCUAAGAUGUCGCACUACCCGGAAUUGCCGGUGAGCCUGGCCGAGAACAGCAUAGGCGAGGUGGACGAAAGCAUGGCGGGAGCGACGGGACCCAGCGUGUGCCUCUUGGACGACAUGGGGGGUGGGAUAGUGGCGCCGCCCUUGCCUGACCGCCCCUCCCCCUCCACAGUGAAUAGGAAAGACGGCGAAUAAGAAAGGAAUUAGGCAGAGAAUUGGCUGGAGAGAAAAUAACACACACCCCCCUUCCCUCGUGUUAGACUUCGAGACAGGCGGGUCAAAAAAAAACAACCGUCGUGCAAUUGGGAAUUAAAAAAAAAGAAAUACUUUCAUUAUCUAUCAGAUGUGUAUUGAGCAAGAUGAAUUUUUUUUAUUUAAUUUCGUUUAAAUAAAAAACUAACGGGCUAGACGAAUUUUUUAAAAUUUUGCGUUUGAUGAUUUGAAAAUAUGCAGUUGGGGGGAAAUAUUGCAUCUUGAAUCGUUCGGAAAACUAUUUCGAUUUAUAACUUUUUGUUUUGAGAUUAUUUAUCAACUUGUAUAUUGUAUAUUAACAACACGAAAUAAUAUUGGAAUCAUAAAGCAAAUAAGGGCAUUACGAAUGCAAAAAUAGGUUAAGUAUAAUAUUUUUUUUGUAAAUGUUGAAUUUCUAUAAAGAAACGUUAAUAUUCUGAUGUUUUUUUUUAUAACAUUUUUGGCGGUGGAUCUCUAGUGUAAAUAUUGUAAAUUCGUAUGAAGACAGUCGAACAUGUAAUAUCGAAACGUUAUUAUAACAAAGAUGAAUUAAAAGAUAGAAGGGAUCAGAAAAUGAGAAACAAACUGUAAUAGUUUUAUUUUAGUGCCUUUUUAAUAAAUAAUAAUUAUUGUUAAAAAUUUGGGUUGCAUUCCUAAAUUUUUCCAAACAUUGUUUGUGUGCAACAAAAAUUAAAUUUAAAAACAAAGUUAAAUAAUGGGUUAGUACUGAAAACAAACUAUGAAUAUGGUGAAUAAGUCUAAUAUUGACAAAAUAGAUAAAAAUUUUCGAAAAUUGAGUUUUUAUUUUAGCACAGCACUACAUAUGUUUCGGAAACAUUUUUUCCAUCUUCGGGUGCAGUCAAAAUUUAAUAAAACUUGGGGACGAUUACAAACGGAUUAAAAACAUUUUUUUAAAUAAAUAAUCUUUCUGUUACAGCAUGUGAAGGUGUAUAGUGAAUAGUUUACAUUUAGAAAAUUAUUUAUAGAGUACAAAAUUCUUUGCAAAUUCGAAAUUUUGAAAAUAAUUGGAAAACCAAAAAAUUAAUGAAGGAGAGAGGGAAACUCAAGGCCUAGAACAAAAACAAAACAAACCAUUAUAUGGGGAUAAGCCAACGAAUAAUACAAAAAUACACAUUUAAAAGGAUGCAAAUCAACAGAAUAAAUUACUUAAGGUACAAUUUUAAAGAUUAGGCUAAAAUUCAGCAUACCUACUUCUUAUUUUGUUGAUUUCAUCCUUUUAAGAUGUGUAUUUUGUAUUAUUCGUUGGUUUGUCUCCAUUAUAACUGUUUUUUUUUCUAGGUCUGGUGAUGGCCUUUGGCCGAAACUAAUUCCCCUUCACAAUACGUAUAAUUUUUUCUACUGUGGUAAAGACUUUGAGUUUGCCUCCCUCUGUUUGGGAUUGUAUUACAUUUGUGCAAUGGAUAAUUUACACUCAAAAAAUUUUUUAUUUAGAACUAAAUUAUCUGCAAACAAAAAUGUUAACAAAUUAGAGUUAUAACAAUUUAAAAAUAAUCCUCAAAAUUAUGAAUGCUCACAAUUAAGAACAAAUUUUUAAAUGUUUAAAGAUUAGCUACCUAUCAUAAAAUAAAUCAAUAUGUACAGGGUGUCACUAUAUUCGACCGAUAACGCUCUACUCUUAAUGGGCUUAGUUAGAGUGUUAAAAGUUUUAAAUCAAAAUUCAAAAUUUGCCAUAAAUCAAAAACGUCUUUGAAUAUUUAUUUUUCAAAUUUGAUCUACCAAGAUCUUGUCAAAAACACGAACUAUUAAAAAUUUGACAUGUGCCUAUUUUUUUUGUGUCAUCGGCAUCAACUGCUAUGGUUAUUAGCCUCGUGUUCUGUGUAGGCUUUGUUACUGUUUCCCAACGCCACUUUAGGAACAGCACUGUUAAUUAGUACCCAACAGUGAAUGGUCGAGUGGGGAAUCCUACCAAGGCAUAUUAUUAUCUUUUGUUUAGAAGCUAAUUUCUACCACAUUCACUUUACUUCCAUAAGGUUCUUACUUUUUUAACUAAAAAUGAACAGAGAAUUAAAAAAAUAAAUAUUUGUCCAGUGGCGUAAAAAAUAGGGAAUACAAGUUGCCAGUAACCCUGACAGCGCACCACUGGUUAAUUUUUUCAAAACUUAGUUUAUGUCAAAUUAUUACUUUCUUAAAGAGUGCAUUGGUCACCAAAUUUGAUUUACGGCAAAUUUUGAUUUUUGAUUUCAAACUUUCGUAUAUCAUGUUCCUAUAUCAACAUUAAUCAAUUACCGAGAGCUCCCUGGGGGUAUAGUGUUGUCAGUGGAAUAUUGAUACCCUGUAUAUAUAUUUUUUAUUAUUAAUAUUUAGGUCUAUUUUAAAAUAGUUCACAACAUUGUGAACAAGUUUACAUUUUACUAACUCAUAAUUCAUCACAAACUUUUAAAAUGAUUGCAGUUAUAAAUAUACAAAAAGUUAUUCUCUGAAUAUCUAACAACAAUUAUGAAAAAGUUAAAUAUUGCUCAUAAUACAUAUACAAGGUUAUUAUAAAAUAAGGGAUAUAGUUCAAUUUAUUAUGUAUUUUGAAAAAAUGAUUAUUUUCACUUAAUCAAUUAGGUUAUUAAAAUAUACUGUUUUAACAUACACUAUAAUUUUGUUAUUUAAAAAGGAUUCUAAUGUAAUUUGGUGUUUCAUUUAUAAAUUGCUCCUAAAAAAAUAAAAACAAAUUUAACACAAUUUUCAAAGAAAAUUGUUACCGACAACAUAAUUUUUAUUAGAUUGAAAUAAAAUCUAUUUGUCUAAAAAAUAUAUCGAAUAAUCGAUUGAUCGAUUAUUUUGGCCACUUCUAAUAAUGUAAUUUCUUAUGGUUAAAGCAAAUGUUCGUUAUAGCAUCCAUUUUGCUGCUGUACAAUCACCUACCCCGUUCCUCCAAAUUGUACACUGCACUAUUCAGCAUUUCUGGUUGAAUUGCAGCAUCUUACUCCUUACUAAAGUCUUUUAAUUCUUCCAGCGUUGUUAAUCGUGUUCUAAACACCAUAUUUUUUACGUAAUAGGGAUUGUUCAUAAUUUGAAAGAUUUCGUUUUUCGCAGUUUUAUAUCACUAUUUUUAGCAGAAAUUCAGUUUAAAAUAUUUACUGCAGUUGCUUAUAAAUAUGUAUAUAAAGAAAUAAGUAAUCGACACAUGAUUUGCACACAAAUGAUUUAUGGACUAGUUUGAUAAAUGCAGUAUCCACCUGUAUACUUUCAUGUCAACGUGAAAAUUCUUUAAAUUUCCAAACCGAUUCUAGAAUUUUCGUCUAGUCUUCUAUAAAACACAUUGCCAAAGAGAUUGUAUUUAACAGAUGAAUUAAAUUUAAAUAAAGAUGGUAUUAUGUCAUUUUAGCAUUUAUCUUUUUUUAAUAUUAUUAUUAUUGUUUUUUAACCUAA